GCCGCGCCACGGCGAGCGGUGGCGAGAGCACUACUUUGAGUUUUGCGGCGACUGGGCCGAGCGCGCCUAUCGCACUGCCGGGCGUGUCCUGCUCAAGGCUCGCACCUCACCAGCCCUCGCCCCGAGCCUCGCCCUCAUCCAACUACCCACGAACACAGCGGUGUCACGGAGUCGAGGUGUCGCUCCCGCCUCACGCCGGGACCUUGCCGCAGAUCGACGGGGCGUGGCACGACGCGACACCCAUGCUCUUAGACCACCCGGGAGGGCCGGAGCUGCUCGCCGCGUCUGCCGGCCGCGACGCGACGCAGGCGUUCGAGUACACCAACCACUCGGACGAUGCGCGGCGCCAGCUGCGCCGGCUGCAGCUCGAGGCGCAGCCGCCCUCUGGCAACCUACUCGCCUCCACGCAGCGCAGCGACGCGCGGAGGCGCGAGGCGAGGCGCGCGCCGGCGCUCACGUCGCACCGCCAGACUCAGUGCAUGCAGAUGCUGCAGCGCUGACGCGCGCGGCGCUGAAGAGGCCCGCAGCACGGGGCGGCAGCCCGGCCGCCCACGCGCCACGCCGCCCAACUCCCCUUGCCUUCUUGAGGAAGGCACGGGAAUUGAUGAUUUAUAUCCAAAGAGUUCGUGCCUUGUUAUCAAAAAGUAAAAAGGAAGAA